CAACCAUAUCUCACUCUCCAGCCUGAUGUCAAAAGCAGAAAUUCAGAAGUGCCUAACCAGAAAUCCUCAGCAGCAGGUGACACUCACCUAAAACUAGGUGUGCCUACCAUGUGGCUGUUUUUAACAAUAGUUCAUUUGAUUUGUGGAAGUUUAAGUGCUAAUGGAUUCAUGGAUUUGGAAAACAAAAUAAAUCCUGAAGUGUGGAUGAAUGCUAGUGAAAUCAUCACAUACAAUGGCUACCCCAGCGAAGAGCAUGAAGUCAUCACUGAAGAUGGGUACAUACUUUCCAUCAACAGGAUUCCCUAUGGGAGAAAAUGUACUAGGUCCACAGGUCCCCGGCCAGUUGUGUACCUGCAGCAUGCACUGUUUGCAGAUAAUUCAUACUGGCUUGAGAAUUUUGCCAAUGGAAGCCUUGGGUUCCUCCUAGCAGAUGCAGGUUACGACGUAUGGAUGGGGAACAGUCGGGGAAAUACUUGGUCGAGAAGACACAAAACACUCUCGGUGAAUGAAGAUAAAUUCUGGGCCUUUAGUUUUGAUGAAAUGGCUAAAUAUGAUCUCACAGGAAUAAUAGAUUUCAUUGUCAAUAAAACUGGUCAGGAGAAGCUAUAUUUCAUUGGGCAUUCACUUGGCACUACAAUAGGGUUUAUAGCUUUUUCCACCAUUCCUGAACUGGCACAAAGAAUCAAAAUGAAUUUUGCCUUGAGUCCUGUGGUCUCAUUCAAAUAUCCCAUGAGCAUUUUUAGCAGUUUUUUUCUGCUUUCACAAUCCACAAUCAAGGCUAUAUUUGGUACCAAAGGUUUCUUUUUAGAAGAUAAAGAUGCAAAGAUAUUUGUAAUCAAACUCUGUAGCCACAAAGUAUUCUGGGUGAUAUGUCGUGAAUUUAUGUCCUUAUGGGCUGGAUUCAACAAGAAAAAUAUGAAUGUGAGUCGAAUGGAUGUGUAUAUGUCACACGCUCCCACCGGAUCAUCAGUACAGAACAUUCUGCAUAUAAAACAGCUUUACCAAUCUGAUGAAUUCAGAGCCUACGACUGGGGAAGUGAAGCUGAGAACAUGCAGCACUACAAUAAGAGUCAACCUCCAGUAUAUGACCUGACUGCCCUGAAGGUGCCCACUGCUGUUUGGGCUGGUGGAAAAGACUUGCUCAUAACACCCCAGGAUGUGGUCAGGAUCCUCCCUCAGAUUGGAAAUCUCUGUUACUUCCAAAUGUUGCCAGAUUGGAACCAUUUUGAUUUUGUCUGGGGCCUGGAUGCCCCUCAACGUUUGUAUCAUAAAAUUAUAGCUUUAAUGAAGGACUAUUGUUAAAUGUAGUCAAAAUGUACUUUUCAGUCAAAAUUUCCUUUCAAGUGCACAAGAAGCUUUAAGGAAAACACCAGCGAACAAUGAUAUUGACCCUAGCACCCUUCUUGCUGUUACUAAGACAUUUUCUUACCUCAGCAUCUCAACUAGGGAUUAUUUGAACACUGUUUCUCUUCUAUGAAACGUCUGAAGCCGAAAUCUGAGAGUAUUAUCCUCUUAGUCAGGGCUGGAGCCUAUUUUAAUCCCAGAUUUAGUAAUUACUCUGUUAAAUUCACAGUUGAACGAGCAGUUAAUGAUUUUUCCCUCUGUGAAAUAUAUAAUACCCACUCCCUCCCCUUCCCAUUUUGCAAGGGACUGACUGUCAGCCCAGGAAUGCUGGGCUAGAGAGAAACUCCUGGCAAGGUGGACAUUUAGGAAACACGUUUUGUGUGGCUGUGACCUUGUGGCAUGUUUGGAAUGACAACUAGUCCAGCAGUCAUUACAGGAGUCAUCUACUAUCACGCCAUGAAGUAAACCUUGACCCACAUCAAGUCACCUGAGACAAAACAGUAGCAUGGGAAAAUAAUACAAUUUAUGUUUUCCAGGAAAUUGUUGUACUGUUAUGGGCAAGGUGAAUUACUAAUUGACUA